UCUUAUUUAACGGCGGCUCUUUCCUUUCUUACAGCCUGCUGUUUCCCCGUCCGGCGCUGCCCCGUUGCUCGCCUGGGAGUGAAGAAUCAGUCGCCGAUCUCUCAGCUUCGGGACUCCUUCGCGAUGCGCACCGGGCUGCUUUUCUCCUUGGCGCUGUCUCUGUGGCUCACCAAUGCCUGGGCGGCCAGCCGAGCCCCCUACCAACAGAUCUUGCAGCACAGCCGAAUCCGGGGCAGGCAUCAAGGCCCCAAUGUAUGUGCUGUGCUGAAACUCAUUGGAACCAACAAGAAAUACAUGCCGAAUUGCAAACUGUGGUACCAGAAGAAAAUAUGUGGAAAAUCAACAGUUGUCGCUUAUGAAUGUUGCCCUGGAUAUGAAGAAGUUCCCGGAGAAAAAGGCUGCCCAGCUGCUUUGCCACUUGCCAAUCUUUAUGAGACACUUGGAGUUGUCGGAGCCACCACCACUCAGAUCUAUUCUGCCAGCUCUAACCUGAGUGCUGAAAUCACAGGGCCUGGCAGCUACACAAUCUUUGCCCCCACCAAUGAGGCCUGGGCGUCAUUGCCUGCUGAAGUGUUGGAUUCGUUGGUGAGCAAUGUCAAUAUUGAGCUGCUAAAUGCUCUGCGAUAUCACAUGGUGAAUAAACGAAUCCUAACUGAUGAGCUAAAACACGGACUUUCUCUCCCUUCAAUGUACCAGAAUAUUGACAUCAAGAUUCAUCAUUACCCAAACGGAAUUGUGACUGUGAACUGUGCUAGAUUACUGAAGGCUGACCAUCAUGCUACCAAUGGAGUAGUCCAUCUGAUAGACAAAGUCAUUUCUACAACUUCCAACAGUAUCCUGCAAUUUAUAGAGAUUGAAGAAAGUCUUGAAACUCUUAGGGCUGCUGUGGCAGCGGCUGGUCUCAAUAAUCUUUUAGACAAUGAAGGUCAAUUUACAUUAUUAGCGCCAACCAAUGAAGCUUUUGAGAAGAUUCCUAAAGAAAUGCUUAACAGGAUUCUGGGAGACCCAGAAGCUUUGAAAGCACUACUGAACAACCACAUUUUAAAAACAGCUAUGUGUGCUGAAGCUAUUAUUGCCGGUUUAUCCAUGGAAACCCUAGAGGGUAAUAUGUUGGAAGUAAGCUGUAUUGGCAAUCAGCUGAUUCUCAAUGGAAAGUCGAUCAUUGCCGACAAGGAUGAAAUGGCCACAAAUGGAGUGAUACACAUGGUCAAUGAGCUUCUUAUCCCAGACUCUGCUAAAACUCUGCUGGAGUUGGGAAAGGAAUCCGAUGUUUCAACAUCUAUUGACCUUUUUAGACAAGUUGGUCUCGGUUCACAUCUUACUGGGAAUGAGCGUUUGACAGUCCUGGCUCCUAUCAAUUCUUUCUACAAAGAUCACAGUCCUUCACCAAACAGAAAUUUGCUCCAAAAUCAUAUAAUCAAAGAGCAGCUUUCUUCUAAAUACCUUUUCCAUGGGCAGAAGCUAGAAACUUUGGGUGGCAAAGAACUGAGAGUAUUUGUGUACCGCAAUAAUCUCUGCAUAGAAAAUGCCUGCAUUGCUGCUCAUGACAAGAGAGGAAGAUUUGGUACCGUGUUUGCUAUGGACAAAAUGCUAAGUCCCCCUAUGGGAACUGUGAUGGAUGUGCUCAAAGCAGAUGACCGCUUCAGUACCCUGGUGGCUGCCAUCCAAUCUGCAGGCCUCACUGAAACACUGAAUAGGCCAAGAUCCUUCACAGUGUUUGCACCGACAAAUGAAGCUUUUCAAUCCAUGCCUCAGAGGGAGCUGAACAGACUUAUGGGUAAUGCACAAGAACUUGCCAACAUCCUGAAGUACCACAUUGGGGAUGAAAUUUUAGUGAGUGGAGCAGUUGGUGCUGCUGUAAGAAUCAAGUCUCUGCAGGGUGAUAAACUGGAAGUCAGCUCUAGAAACCACAUAAUAAACAUCAACAAGAUGCCUGUUGCUGAAGCCGAUAUUAUGGCCACCAAUGGUGUGAUUUAUGCAGUCAAUAGUAUCUUACAACCCCCAGCUUCUAGGCAUAAUGAAAGAGGUGAUGAACCCGCAGAUCCUUCUCUUGAAAUCUUCAAGCAUGCUUCUGCAUUAUCCAAGAUUUCGCUAAUGGAUGCUCGACUCGCUCCUGCGUAUUCCAGAUUGUUAGCCAGGAUGAAACAGUAAAGUGACAGCAAAUCUACAUGUCAAGCACAAUCAAGGGUUCAGUUGAUUUUUACUGUGGAAAGCAAAGCCUAAAUUUAAACGGAACAAAACGCCACCAUGUAGGUGGGAUGUAUCUUAAUACAGAGGUUAUCUUCUUUUUGAAGUGAAAUAAAAGAAAGAAAAUAAAAGCCAUAUAGCCAGACACAGCCAAACACACCCAUCACUUUAUAAGAUUACUUUGUCCUCAAUAGUAGCGGAUAAUUUAGGAAAUAUCUAUUCCAAAAUUAUUUAGGUCAUAUGAGCUUAAGCAAAAACCCUAGUAUAUGUAGGUGCUAUCAAGAAAAGAAACCAGGUAUCAUAUACUAAGCUCAUCCAUUAAACUAUUAGUCCAAUGCCUUUUGCUUCACUGGACAAAAGUUGCCCUAGUUUUCAAAGGAACAGCUUCCCUGUGUUUUCUGAUAGAACUAGUGUCAGUGCCUUAGAUCUUAUGUAUAUAACCUUGCUCAGUUCCAGUGAAUAGGUUUCCUCCAUAAAUUAUUUUUUUCAGUGGUUUCUACGAUUUAUUUGGACUUUAGCUGAGAAAAUGAAGACAUUGAGCACUUGGUCUAAAUAAUUCUCAGGUUGGCUUCCAUUUUGUUUGUCUAUAUUCUCUCUGGAGACUAAAUUGCAAUCCUUAAAACUAUACUUUCAUAUUCACUUCUAAAACAAUUGCUAGAGAUCAAGAGCCUAAACUAUUUUUAUGUUCUUAAGUCCAAUGGGGUGAAUGGUCUUUUUUUUUUGUAAGGUUCAAACAAUAGGAUUUUGCUUCUAUAUAGUUUUGUCAAGGAAUAUUUUUGGAUAGAGUCAGAGAGCCAUUCAUGUACAUUUACUGUAUACUGGCGGAAUCAUUACUUUCUCUUUACAUAUUGGGAAUCUUUAAAUUGUAAUGCUCUUUUUAAAAUUGCACUCUUUUUAAACAAAAAUACUGUAGAAUAAACUUUGGGUUUAAGAUUCUAUCUCUAUUUCUGGUUUGAGGCUCACAAUCUUCCCAUCUCUACAAUUUGACCUUCUUCAUAGGUGUCUGGAUAGGGGAAGGGAGGCAAGAGGGGCAAAAAUGACAAAAUGUGCAUUAUGACCUGAUGAUGCACAACUCAUGGGUUUUGUCUUACAUACCUUACACACAUUUCAUAACAGUUUUGCCAUUGACUGUGGUAGAGGAUCUCAAUGACCCUCUUUGUGCCGUUCCAAGGGAUCAUUUGAAUUUUCAGCCCUAGUUAUGUUAUGAAAAGGAAGCCUGAAACUUCAUGAUGAUAAUCAUACCCUUUUCUUCUCAGUUGCAAUAACUUGGAAUUACAUUUGUAUAGACAUAUUUUAUGCAAAGUAAAAUUGAAUUUUGUCAAUUGAAUGUGGCUCUGUCAGUGACAAUCCAAAUCUGGGUUUCUUUCUGCUCUCUCUCUCAUAGUGUGCCAUCUCCAGAUCUGAUUUAAAAAACAACAACCCUUUUAAAAAGAUUAGAAUUCAAAAUGCUUUUGUGAUGUCAUGUGAGGGGCUGUUAUCCAAAGCCACUUUGGCAGGCACAAGGUGUUGCAUAUUUCGACAUAAGCAUUCUGAAAGAUGGUCUAUAAUCUUAUACUGUAUGAUAACCAUAAGCAAGUUCUUUAGCAAGAAUAUGUGGUUUUUAAUUUCUUCCUGGUGCUUUGAAAAUGUUCCAUGCAAUUCUGCAUUUUAACUUUUUUAAAAAAAAUAAAAUAUCCAUUGUUGAUAUCAGGGAAUUUUUAGUGCUCUCUGAGCUUCGUUGUUUGCCUGCAGACAACCAAAAAACAUAAUCAGUGCAAGCAAAACAACCAAUCUCAGAGAUCACCAAUGAUUCCACAGUUCAACUCUCAGCUACAUAUUCUCUCCUGUUACAAUUAGGAACUUUGCAUGAUGCAAGCCACAAUUUGAUCAGUGCUGCUGAUUAGCUUUGAUUUACACAUAUGGUUCUAACUUUAAUACCCUUUGUUCUUUCCACAUGUGAAAAUACACCCUCACAUUUUUUUUAAAAAAGCCAUGGAGUUCUCCCUCAUUAAAAACCUUGGAGUCAACAAUCAAUCUGUAAUAAAAUUUGAGUUUGAACUUAAAUAGAUAAGGUAAAAUUUCUUUCAAGACAAACUUGACCUUUGAACACAGCCAUGUAAUUUUCUUGGCGAUGUGGAUGUGGUUGGUUCAUAAUUAUUACAGAUGAUUCCAGCAUGUUUUGGAGUUUGAGGACAUAAAGAUUUUUAUUUUAGACAUAUGUAACAACACCAUUGUCUUUAUAAUAAUGAAGCUACAGCCUUUACUUUCUUCCCUAAAUCACCAGGAAACCUUGACCUAAGUAAAAGAAAUUGAAUUCGUACUUAUGAAUGUUCAAAUUCAAACAAGUGAAUUUACAUGUGAAAACUAGGAAAGUGAUAGGUUGGUGAGGGGAAGAAACUCCACAUAUAGACUUCACACUCUUCAUUUUGGUGUAUUGAUAUAUUUAGAAUAAGGAGGAAACAUCUGUAGAUUCCACAGUUAUUGUUUAGCUCCCAAGUUCCUAUAUCUCUAAUAACUGGCUAGCCUCUUUGAGGUUGAUAGUGAUUAGAAUUCAAAGAAAUCUAGAGAAUUAUACCUUCCAUACUUUUGGGGGGAAACUUUGGAAAUAUAACAUGUAAUAAAAUUACUGGUUUGUCAUAUAAUUUCAUUAGUAUCACAAAUAUAUCACAAGGAGCUCAAGGUUUCCCCUUUAUAUUACACCAACAACUUUAUAAGAUGAAUUGGAGUGAAAAAUAGUCACCACGAGGGAUAUACUUUCUCAAAAUAAAUACCAGUGGCCACAUUUUUAUUUUUAGAUCUCUUGGCCCAAAUUUCAGUAUCUCUUAUACUUGGCCGGAAAUAGUUGUUGUUGCUUUUUAAAAAAACUUUUUAAGAUAAUAAAAUUAUUAUCUUGCUAAA